GACGAAGUCAUUUAUUAAUACGUUAAAGCAGUAGUUUUCCAAUCUUCAUUUGCUUUUUUUUAGCAGUGUGCAACGAUUUUGAGAAAAAAUUCGCUACGGAUAGUCUUCUAGAGUAUAUUUCAAUACUUGUCAUUAUUGCCAACGUCGCAGACUAACACAAAAAUGUCACUUUCUGAUCAGCUGUUCAAGUUUCAAGUGUUCACCUCAAUAGACGUCAAAGGGUCAAAGCGUAAUGGACGCACUUCGAGAAGAACAUUAAUGGAAACACCCCAUUCAUAAUCUUGCAACUUCUGUAUAAAGUAUUUUCUGAUUACGUUCAUAGAGGUGAAUAAGCUCGAUCUUUUGCACAUGUCAGUUUUCAGGUUAAUGGAGGAGAGUCAGUUUUCGCAAAUAUCAAAAAAAAUAUUAUGACUUGGAGACAAAAAAGGCCAGGAUUGAUAAAAUAACAGCAGAAUGCAAAUUACAAUCCCAUUCGAAAAUUGCCAAUAACCAACCAAAUUUUUCAAUUAAUAUGCACAGUGCAGUAAAAGCAAACAGAUUCUAAUGAUGUUCUAAGAAUGUUUCUAAAGCAACAGGAAUAUAUAUAGAAUGUCACGAAAUACUGAUUAGAUCAGACACUCUGAAUAUUCCCAUGCAAAAUAAAAGUGAUAGGACUAAUAUGACUGCAGACAAAGUGUCAUUCACCAAACAAGUCAACUUACAAAAUGAAGUCAAAUUGGCGAUGGCGCAAGUCAAACAAAUGGCUCGAAUGCAAAUGGAAAUUGAAUCGCAAUUUCAGCAAAAAAGUAUCAUCACUGAACUAAUAAGGCACAGCCUUGAGAAAAUAGGAGUUUCAUUACCAGGAGGGAAACGUCGACUGUCCAGGCAGAUUCUCACCGAAAUGAACGUGGCCCAGCUGCAGGUGAUCGCUAAUGAGCUGCAUUCAGAAGUCGAAACAUUUAACGAGGCACUUGUGGGACACUUAAUGGAACGGGACGAUUUACAUAUGGAACAAGACUCCAUGUUGGUUGAUCUUGAGGACUUAACUAGAUAUUCGAGUAUAGUCGCUGCGACGACUGAUCAAGUCACAAUAUAAUUUCAAGG